AAAUCAGUCAGCUGAUGUCUAACAAAUUAUCGAUGAUUGAGCGACAGUAAUUCACAUUUGUUGACGCGUCACAUUUCUGAUUGGGAUUAAAUUGAACAUAAUCGAAUUAAUUAAAAUAAAAUAAAUAUGAGCAGCGACUGGGAUGAGAUUAAACGCUUGGCCGCCGAUUUCCAAAAGGCGCAGCUGACAUCCACGUUGCAAAAGCUCUCUGAACGGAAUUGCAUUGAAAUCGUUACUCUGUUGCUGGAGAAGCAACUGCUGGAUGUGGUUUUCACCAACGAUGGCAAAGAGUAUAUUACCCCCGAGCAUUUGGAGCGCGAAAUCCAAGAUGAGCUGUAUGCCAACGGGGGGCGAGCGAAUCUGGUGGAGGUCAGCAAAACAUUGAAUGUGGAUCUGUCGAGGAUUGAGAAGCUGGCGGAACGUAUUGCAGCUGAUGAUCCGCAGAUACAUCUAAUGCUGGGGCAGCUCAUCGAUGAGGAGUACAUCACGCACAUUGCGCAGGAGAUAAAUGAGAAAUUGUCGCAACGUGGCGAAAUUUCCAUUUCCGACCUGACGUCACAAUUUGAUUUGCCGUCGGACUUUCUGCAGCACCAGGUGGUGGAGAAGCAUUUGGGCAAGCUGAUCAAGGGACGGCAGGAUGCCAGCAAUCCACGCGUCUUCUUCACCCAGGCCUACAUUCAGCGCUGCAAGGCGAAAAUCCGUGGUGCUCUGGCGGCCAUCACGAAACCGACUAAUGUGUCCGUCAUCUUGCAGCAGAUAAGUGUGCAAGAGAAGAUCUUUCACUCGCUGCUGGACGAAAUUAAUCCGGCUGGACAUGUGACCUCCAAGCAGGCGAACGCUCAAUAUGUGCCACACAUCUAUGCCAAGACUCAGGCCGAUUGGGUGAACUCCUUCUACAAGCAGAAUAGCUUCCUGGAAUACGAUGCCAUUAACAAGCUGGGCAUCUCUGAUGCCAAGUCAUACAUACGUAAACAGUUUCCCAACGAGGAGUUCCUCUUCCUCAAGCGUGUUGCGUUGGGCGCUCGUCUCAUCGAACUGACUGUGGUGGCAUCGUUAAAUGAGUGCAGUGCCACUAAACAAUAUCUAGACUUAUCUACUAUUCUACCAUCCAAUUUGUCGGAGGAGGACAUUGAGGAGGCCUUCAACGCUGUCAUGGCUCAAAAACACUGCAAUCCUAGUCAGUUUGUGUAUCUGGAGAGCAUAGUCUUUUCCCAGGCAUAUCUCACACAAUUGGUGCAACCCUGUCAGGAAAUGGCUCAGUCACUGGCCAAAACAGCCAUCGACAAUGGAGUCUAUCAGCAAUAUAUUGUAGAGAAAACUCUCGCGCAGAAGGCUGGCAACACUCUGGGCACCACGCACGAUGCUGACGAGGACAGCAAGCUGGACAAACGGGACGAGCGACGCAAAAAGGCUACCUCUGGCAAAGCGGGUGGCGGUUCUCAGGGACGCGAAACGAAAACGAAGUCAACCAAGAAGCAUCAACGCGGCCGUGCGGCCCACAAUCAUGACAGCGAUGAUGAGGAGGACGCAGUGCAGCAGUCUGCCAACAGCUCGCGGAAAUCCGUAAAAUCGCUGGAGCUGGUUAAAAUUUCGGACAUUACAAAUCUAAUCAAAGGCACGCUAGAAGAGGAGGGACUAGAGCAUCUGGCCAAACCCGUUGCGUCGCUCUACUUAAACCAAUUAAAUCAGAUGGCGCUGGCUAAGGCCCAGGAGCUGUAUGAGGCAGCGCCUCAAACGAAUCGGCGACAAACGCAUGCUGCGAUUCAAGAGCGCGUGAACACGCUGCUCGUGGACAUCCGUCUGUACGAGAAGGGUCUGAAGUUGUUCAAUGGCGAUACACAAACGCAGCUGGUCAAAUAUCUGCUAAAAUCCCUGGGCAAUGACAUUUGCAACGAACUCACGCUUUAUGUGGCAGCCGAGUGCAGUCUGAUGGUGAAGUCCACGAAUCUGAAUGUCGAUCAACGCGUCAAACUGGUGCAAGAGUGCGAUGCACAAUAUCGCAACGCGUUACUGGAACAAAACAAGGCCCUGAACAAAAGCAUCGAGGAGUUUGAGGUGGCCACGGAGGCAGUGCUCAAAGCCUGCAGCAUGAUUAUCAAGAAGGUUGACAAGAAAAAGGAUCGCCAACUGAUUGUCGGCCACAAGGAGAAGCUGCUGCAACAGCUGCUGGAGUGCCAGGAGCCGGCGCUCUUACUUCAUCUGGCGGCUCUGAUACUCUUCACGACCAUCACUGGCUGCAUCCUACAUGCAUCGGGCAAAUUUGUGUCUUCCAUAUUGCAGCAUAUUCGUAGCACGCUAAAUGAACCGCAAAAUGCGCUUCUCCUGCGUUAUCAUGAUCUUGUGUUGCAAGUGCUGCAGCAAACAUCACCUGAUAGCGCCGAAUCCAAGUCUGUCAACGAACAACUGCAAGCGCUGCAAGGCGAAGUUAUGGAUCUGGCCCAAAACUAUUCACGUGCCUCCGUCUCCAAGGCUGACUAAGCUACACUUAAGCAACAGUUGAGCUUCCAAAUAACACUAAAAACUGUUUUGAUUAAGAUGUUAAUAUUUGAGAUUUGAAAACAGUCCAGCUAAGCGCUCUCUUUAAGCUCACUUUUAAAUUGGUUAUGGUCUGCACUAAAAGUAAAAGUAAAAUAUAAAUAUAUUCUGGAAUUGUUAAUGUAUUCUGUACAUAAUUUAAAAAAUUGUUUUUAUUAUUGCUAUGCACGCAAGUCUCCUAAUUACAAUCAAUAAAGUUAUAUAAA